GAGGUACUGCUCAGUAGUGCAGAAGCCGGUCCGGGAUUGGAACCUGCUCCGGAACGCACGGGCUCACAGUGGGCACCAACUCUCAGGACCCCUUUCCCUUCCGGGCGCUCCCAUGGCGCAGUUCGUGUUCGAGAGCGACCUGCACUCCCUGCUUCAGCUGGACGCACCCAUCCCCAAUGCACCCCUCGCGCGCUGGCAGCGCAAAGCCAAAGAAGCAGCGGGGCCGGCCCCCUCGCCCAUGCGGGCCGCCAACCGAUCCCACAGCGCUGGCAGGACCCCAGGCCGAACUCCUGGCAAAUCUAAUUCCAAGGUUCAGACCACCCCUAGCAAACCUGGCGGUGACCGCUAUAUCCCCCAUCGCAGUGCUUCCCAGAUGGAGGUGGCUAGCUUCCUCCUGAGCAAGGAGAACCAGCCUGAAAACAGCCAGACGCCCACCAAAAAGGAGCAUCAGAAAGCCUGGGCUUUGAACCUGAACGGUUUUGAUGUGGAAGAAGCCAAGAUCCUCCGACUUAGUGGAAAACCACAGAAUGCCCCAGAAGGCUACCAGAACAGACUGAAAGUACUCUAUAGCCAGAAGGCCACUCCUGGCUCCAGCCGGAAGACCUGCCGUUACAUUCCUUCCCUGCCAGAUCGGAUCCUGGAUGCUCCUGAAAUCCGAAAUGACUACUACCUAAACCUUGUGGAUUGGAGCUCUGGAAAUGUAUUGGCUGUGGCACUGGACAACAGUGUAUAUUUGUGGAGUGCAAGUUCUGGUGACAUCCUGCAGUUGUUGCAAAUGGAGCAGCCUGGAGACUAUGUAUCCUCUGUGGCCUGGAUUAAAGAGGGCAACUACCUGGCUGUAGGCACCAGCAGUGCAGAGGUGCAGCUAUGGGAUGUACAACAGCAGAAACGACUUCGAAACAUGACCAGUCACUCUGCCCGAGUGAGCUCCCUAAGUUGGAAUAGCUAUAUCCUGUCCAGUGGCUCACGCUCUGGCCACAUCCACCACCAUGAUGUUCGGGUAGCAGACCACCAUGUGGCCACACUGAGUGGCCACAGCCAGGAAGUGUGUGGACUGUGUUGGGCCCCAGAUGGACGACAUUUGGCUAGUGGUGGCAAUGACAACUUGGUCAACGUGUGGCCUAGUUCUCCAGGAGAGAGUGGCUGGGUUCCCCUGCAAACAUUCACCCAGCAUCAAGGUGCUGUUAAGGCUGUAGCAUGGUGUCCCUGGCAGUCCAAUAUCCUAGCAACAGGAGGGGGCACCAGUGACCGACACAUUCGCAUCUGGAAUGUCUGCUCUGGAGCCUGUCUGAGUGCUGUAGAUGCCCAUUCCCAGGUGUGCUCUAUCCUCUGGUCUCCCCACUAUAAGGAGCUUAUCUCAGGCCAUGGCUUUGCCCAGAAUCAGCUGGUUAUUUGGAAGUACCCAACCAUGGCCAAAGUGGCAGAGCUCAAAGGUCACACAGCACGGGUCCUGAGUCUGACCAUGAGCCCAGAUGGGGCCACAGUGGCAUCAGCGGCAGCAGAUGAGACCCUGCGGCUGUGGCGCUGCUUUGAGUUGGACCCUGCACGACGACGGGAACGGGAGAAGGCCAGUGCAGCUAAAAGCAGCCUCAUCCAUCAAGGCAUCCGUUAAUGACAAACCAACCCAUCACCUCAGUUUUUUUUAUUUUUCUAAUAAAGUCAUGUCUUCCUUUCUUUU